GAGAAAACAAAUCACCCCUACCAGAGAUCUAUGAAGACUGCUAUUAAGAUGGCAGUUGAAAAGAUUUUAGAAAAAAGUGAGGUGUUACAGCAUGCAUUUGAAUUUAUGGCGGCUGUUGCCCCAGAAUUCAUAUCACUAGAACACGUUAUCAGCUAUGUACGUCAGUGCAUGCCAAAUAUGGAAAAAGAGAAUGUAGCUAUAGCCAUUAACUCAUCCGCCCUCAUCAUUACUUCCGAAGGAAGCUCUAAACAACGGUCUGUUCGCGUUCACAAAGUUGUCUAUCAUGUUCUUCAAACCGUCUAUAAAGUAACAUUCCUGCAACCAGUCGAUGAAUUUUCAUUUUUCAUGAAACUCGUCAACGUAUUUUCUUACAUCAGGGACUUGGGCGAAGAUAUAAUAAAGUUAUUUCAAGAAACAGCUCCUCUAAUUCACCACUUUGUAUUUUUGACGGAAAAAGUGAAAGAUUAUUUUGAAAGGCAUCAAAUUUUAAAGGUGCUAAAUGAAGCAAAGCAUUAUGGAGUACAUUAUCAGUGUACUAAACUAUUUAUCCAUCAACAAUACAUUGCAUUUGCCAAGUUCCUUGUGGCAACUGUUUCUUAUGUAUGUAGAGAGAACGGGAAAUAUAGCACAGCAAGAACAUUAUGUGAGAUAAGCUACUGCCUCAUUCAAAACGGCCACAACAGCGAGGAAAGUACAUACGGCAGCAAUCAUCCUGAUGUGGCUACAACGUUAAAUAAUUUAGGAUCAGUGUUGGACAACCUCGGAAAACUUGAUGAAGCGAAAGAUUGUUACGAUAAAGCACUGGCAAUUUACGAAAGCACUUACGGCAGCAAUCAUCCUAACGUGGCUAUAGCGUUAAAUAAUUUAGGAUCAGUGUUGUACAAACUCGGAAAACUUGAUGAAGCGAAAGAUUGUUACGAUAAAGCACUGGCAAUUUACGAAAGCACUUACGGCAGCAAUCAUCCUGGGGUGGCUACAGCGUUAGAUAAUUUAGGAUCAGUGUUGUACAAACUCGGAAAACUUGAUGAAGCGAAAGAUUGUUACGAUAAAGCACUGUCAAUUUACGAAAUCACUUACGGCAGCAAUCAUCCUGAGGUGGCUAAUACGUUAAAUAAUUUAGGAUCAGUGUUGGACAAACUCGAAAAACUUGAUGAAGCAAAAGAAUGUUACGAUAAAGCACUGGCAAUUGACGAAAGUACUUACGGCAGCAAUCAUCCUGAGGUGGCUACAACGUUAAAUAAUUUAGGAUUAGUGUUUGGCAAACUCGAAAAACUUGAUGAAGCAAAAGAAUGUUACGAAAAAGCACUGGCAAUUUACGAAAGCGCUUACGGCAGCAAUCAUCCUCACGUGGCUACAACGUUAACUAAUUUAGGAUUAGUGUUGGACAAACUCGGAAAACUUGAUGAAGCGAAAGAUUGUUACGACAAAGCACUGGCAAUUGACGAAACCACUUACGACAGCAAUCAUCCUGAGGUGGCUAAAACGUUACACAAUUUAGGAUUAGUGUUGUACAAACUCGGAAAAAUUGAUGAAGCGAAAGAUUGUUACGACAAAGCACUGGCAAUUGACGAAAGCACUUACGGCAGCAAUCAUCCUGAGGUGGCUACAACGUUAAACAAUUUAGGAGUAGUGUUGUACAAACUCGGAAAACUUGAUGAAGCGAGAGAUUGCUACGACAAAGCACUGGCAAUUCAAAAAAGCACUUACGGCAGCAAUCACCCUAUGUUAGUUAAAACAUUAUAUAAUUUAGAAUCGCUGUUAAAGGAACAAGGAAAAGCGGAUAAAGCCAGAACGUUUCGCGAAUGAACCUUGGCAAUCAUCAAAAGGGACAGAACUUAGCAUUGAAAACAAUUAAGAUUAAACGCACUUUUGUGCAUAACAAUGUAAAUAUGAUUCGUGCAUGUCGAAUGCGAUACUAUCAAAACGGACUUURAAACAUAACUUUUUUUAUAAUAGUCAAAAUGGUGGAAACUAGCAGUAAUCUAGUGKGGGCUGUGUCGUUGUUCCUAAAAUAUUCGAAAUAUACCCGGCCGGCCUGUUGUAAGAGAAACGCUUUGUAAGUUUACGCUCUAACUACGCUUAGUUUGCGUAGCUCAUUUCAUCGAUAUUGUUUAGGCUGCUCACGAAGGUUUCUGUUGUCAAUAGAAUUGUUCAAAAUGAUAGUGGCCGUGGGCUACUGACUUCCUUAUAUUCACUGGUCCGGGUUGUUCAAAGCUCAAUUGGAGCUAAUUCUGGGCUAACUCUUCAAGUAAAAAACCUAAAGAUUUAACCCCCGGCCUGGGUUAACGCUAAUCUUAUAUUCAACAAGUCGGCCCAGAACGACAAUCUCAAGUUGGUUCAAAAACACAUAUAAUUUUUACCAACAUUUUUCAACAAUUYACAAUGAAUAAACAUCUUAUACAA